AUGCGCCGAGUCGACGACCUCACUCUCCCUUCCCAGUUCCAGGCCUCAGCCACUAUCCGAGCCGGUCAGCUGACAGGUGCGGGGAGUGGGAUUGGUGACUGACAUAUCUAGUGACCUUGUCUGCUCAUACCACAUGUACUUUCUGGCCCCCCAAAUGCGCCCAUUAGGAUGUCACACACGAGGGGACUAGAACGCUCCAGUCUCUCAUGCAAUAUAGGCGCCACACGAAGAAAGGAGCUGAGAAACACAUUCCCCACGUACAUGAGAUGUGUCGGUGGUGUGGGAUUUUGGAGGGGUGUAUGCGUGGUGCACGUGCAGGUUGGUGGGGUAGGUGUGAUGAUGCGGUCGUGUCUGCGGUGAUUUACCAUAGGCUCCCAUGAAUGCGCAUGCGACCUAGUAGGCCCAUGCGGUGACCAAAUUUGCUAGGGCAAUGCGGGCAAUGGAGACGAGUGCGAAACACACUCAAAGACAGAACGAGCGGAGAGAGAGAGAGCUAGAAAGAGAGAGAGAGAGAGAGAGAGAGAGAGAGAGAGAGAGAGAGAGAGAGAGGAAUACGCUUCGGUCAUACUUUAGCGCCAGGUUGAGUAAGCCCAGCACCUGAAUCCAGGCGUCGUUGUCGUUUAGCCACAGGUUCACAGCCCGUCGACUGUGAUCGCGAAUACUAAAAGCCCCAUGAGAGUAGCUUUUACUGAUCUGUCCUGAUUGUACGACGGAAUACGUGUGGCAGAAUAGGAGUGUGGUGGCUCACAGAGCAUUUUCCUCCUCAGGCCACAGAACACAUGAACGCCAAAGCUGGCGUCAAGUUGGGUCGCUGUUACGGGCGAUCGGACAGAUAUUGGCGGCGAGGUUUGCGCGAGCGGAGUGGUUAGGGGAACGUCGGUCGGCGGCUUUGAGCUCGCUCCCUUUGCGCACGCGCAGACAAAGGAAGAAGCGAGGCAGGGAGGGAGGGUGGGCGAGGGGGGGUGUCGGGAAGAGACAGUGAGGGGUGAACGGAUGCGUUUGCCUAAUAGCCCACCCAAUCAGAAAGACCUUCCGUGAUGUCUAAGCCAAUCAAAGGGCCAUUAUCGGCGGCCACCCACGACACAAGUGGCGGCAAACGAGCCGCUCACGGCAGACGCCGGCAGUGUCAGGAGAUUUUCAAAUUCACAAUUCAAGGCACCGAAAGAACUUCCGUUUUUGUUGGCGUGUGUGUGUCGGUUCGUCCGAGCGGGGAGUGAUCCUCUGUUGCCUGUGCAUCUAAAUUCAUUAGGGGAAAUAAACAGGUUUUUUGGAGCGGCUAAAUGCCCAUUUUGCUGUCCUAGACCGAAAGCUCUUCCGUUCUUGCACUCUUGACUUGGCUGUCCUUCCUCUAAAAGCGCUAUUUAACUUCAAGUCUUAUCUUGUAUAACCUAAUCCCAAAAAGCAGAUACGCUACCUAUUCAGUGCCAAAUUCGGUUGCCUUGCGUCGCAUUUUCUUUCAAUUUCCUGACCAUUUAUCAGUAGAUAUCAUUUCCUACCGUCCUGAAAUCUCGUCCGGCCUGGUGUUUGAAAUCUGCCUUUUCAUUUUGAUUCGUUUAGUAAAAGGUUUGUUGAUCGCUAACCAAUAUUACCAAGUUCCUAGAAUGAACGCCCUCCGCGGACAACUCGACCGGGGAAAAAACUUGAUUUAAAAAGCACACUUAAAAGAUUCCGCUUGGAAAGCUGGAGGAUAUGAAUCGGAAAGGGAUUUCGUCAAUUGCGUUUUUACUAGUGCGAUUCAUAAGCAUCCCAUGGAAUCCGAGUCCACAGCUGAUCAGAACUUCGACUUUGCUUUAUGCACUCAAGUCCAACGUCUCGAGGUCCUCAAAUACUUGAUACCCCCGCGAAGCUCUCUCUAUCUCUCCACAUUCCUAAGGAGGAAUUCUGGAAAGUACUGAAAUUGUGUUAUGCCAAUAUGAACUUUUACCGCAAGAACUCUUUGAGAGCGAAUCUUAAGUAAGAAUUAAAUGCAUCAGCCGAAGCUUAAAAAGGGCGUUUAUGGGCUUCCAUAUAAGCUGAGUAAAGAAAAAGCGGCAGCAAAAUACGGUGGUAUGAAAAGGCAUAAUGCUUCGAGAAACAAAAAACCAUUUCGGCAUUUUAGAAUUUUAUCUGGUAAGUUCCAACCGCCGCUAUGUACCUCUAACAGGAUUUCGUUAUGCCCACUGCUCGAGAAGGGUUAAUGACAAAAAAUGAGGUUGCCAUGACCAUUUACAGUGAGUGACCGAUCUCACGAAAUGUUGACUGAAAUUCUGAAAUGCGUUUUAGAUUAGAAGGGAUUACUUAGGCGCAAUUGUAAUACUGAUUAACUUGCAGCAUAAUCCUUUAAUAUUUCGGAGUUGGCAGGGUGUCGGCUAUUGAAUGCACUGCUUCUAAAUCUCCAGAGGAAACCGUACUCGCUAAAAAAGAUGACUACUUAAGUAGCAUGGAUGUUCCCAUUGGUUUUCGACGGUCUUUCGAAUUCAAAUAUACCUUGUAGAAAACAUAGACAAAACUAGGCUUUCUUGCGGUCACUUGAUAGAGAAUUUCAUCAUCUCUUUGGUUCGUGCGCGAAGAAGGAGCAUAAUUAGGUUUUAAACAUUUUUUUCUAAUUGCCGAAUAAUUUGGGGCCUGAUCAGUCGUUAUAUUUGCGCUUAGUAAUUUCAGUUUACAAGGGGCAUGCGUUCCGCGUGAGGAAAAUCAUAUAUUCCUCUAUGCCUUUAAAGAGAUGCCAUAUUGAGUCCAUAAAAUUUUGCAAUGGAUGCGGACCAUGUUGCACAUUUUAUGAGGAGCAAUGAUAAACGCACAGAUACGAUGCUAGAUGAAUAGACAUUGCGCGGCCUUGAAAAAACUCAUAAGUGGAAAUUUUUUCAAAACCUAAUAACAGUUCUUCUUCGAGUAUAAAAUAUAAAGAUGACGCAAUUCUCGAUCAAGCGACUGAAAUAAAGCCUGUUUUGUUUAUGUUUUCUAUAAGGUGUAUUUGAAUUUGCAAGCUCAUCGAAAAGAAAUGGGAAAAUGCAUGCUACUUAGAUAAUAAUUUUGUGCCGAGUACGGUUUUGUCGGGGGAUUUAAAAGCGGUGUAUUCAAAAGACGACACCCUGCCAACUCCGAAAUAUUAUAGGAUUAUGCCGUUAGUUAACCAGUAGUACAAUUGCACCUAAGUAAACCUUCUUAAUCGAAAACGCAUUUCAAAAUUUCGGCCAACAUUUCAUGAGAUCGGUCACUCACUGUACGUGUUGUGUUUUGCUCCGAUCGCCGAAGUCUUGUUGUCUGCAGUUGGCCCAGUGUACAAUGCAAAGCUCCUUUUCUGCUUUGCAUGAUAUCCGAAGUCAGUGUCACCGUUACAGCCACCAACCUAGCCACAAGAUUUUCAACCUCAGGCAGAGGCAGUAAACUGAAGUGCGGCAGUUACUGCGUCUCAUGGUUGACGCAUACGGCUGUACAAGUAACUUACAGCAGAUAUACUAUCUCACGAAAUGUUGAUCGGCAGUUCGAAACAUGUUUCCGAUUCAAAAUUCACCUAAGCAGUAUUCGCAGACUGACAAAAAUACACUUAACCGUCACAACCCCAUUUUACGUCAACACUCUAAGCGGUAAUGUGGCAAAAAAACUACGUUGGAUGUGAUCUGCCAUCCACCAACGUGGAAUUUCAGUUAGAAAACCUCAUCGCUUGAAUUCCUCUAAUUCCAGUUAGAAAACCUCAUCUCUUGAAUUCCUCUAACUCGUCUAAUAAUUGAUUAUGUUUACACACAGAAGCGCUCAGUUGAAAUCCCACAGAACAUCUGGCCUUCACUUUUGUGCAAAUAGCCUGUAAAUUACUUUCGUCGCCAUGCGGACUGUCCCGCCCACUUUCAAUCGAUUUCUGGAGAUCACAUUGUGUCGUCAAGUAUGUAGUUUUUAGUGAGGCAGGAUAUGAUUUGACAGCUUAUAAUUCGACGCUAAGAUUACAUUUUGACAGUCCUUUGUUUUUUUUAGACAGCUCUCAUGUAUAUUUUUCUUUCUAAGUCAUUUUGCGCUUCAAAAAGUGUUCAAAAUGUUUUUUACAUUUUUGGUUAAACAGAGAAAAGUCGGAAAUUCGUACAGUUAUGAAAUAUGAAUUCCUACGCAAAAUACAGCAUCGCAGACAGCUCGGAAUGUUAAUGGUGUAUUUUGGACUAACAGAACUACAUCACAGACAGAACAAAAUUAAUUUGCGAAAUUCCGUACUAAUAACUUUGACCUCGCGAAUGAGCCAUGCAGUCGGCCAAACUCAAGAGUGGAUAACGACGAACUGAAGGCCAGCAUCAAGUCAGAUCCAUCAGAAAGAGCACAUGAACUAUCGUUGAUGUUUGGUGUUAGGAGCCAAACAACAUUAAUUCACUUAACUGAAGUCGGCAAAGCGAAUAAUUUGGCUAUUUGAGCUCUGCAUGAACCGCAUGAAAAGCUGAUACAACAGGACAGGCAGGAGGACAUUCGCUAACCUAUAUCGUCGAAAGGAGUCGGUGCUGCCGAGGGAUCCACACUAAUUCAUUGUGCUGCACUCUCCACACGUAAUUUUUUAGUAGGGGGAAGAUUCAUUUUUUCGAAAAAAAUGGACGGCGUGGAGAGCAGUCAGGUAGUAAAAAAAUGUCCGAAAUAUUGUUAAAUGAAAUAUAUACCUCUGGCAGUAAAGCAGGAGUGUUAAAACGCUGGUGAAUCUGUUAAACAGCAGUUAGCAUUUUCUUACCCCGCGCAUAUAUUUGAUCCUUGUCCACAAUCCUAACUCUAGUCUUCACCUAAACCCUAAGCACCCUGGAAUUUGGCACAAGACCACCUGUAUUACGGGGACGUUGCGGCAGUUUGAGCCGCUACGACCUUCAGGCCCUGCCCCGAACGCGAAGAGAAGGUGCUGGACGCUAGCUGAGAGGAUGCUUUAUUUUGUACAAAAAGAGCGGAAAACCGCUUGGAAUAAGUUGUCAGUGGGGCAAGAGGACAGGUUCCGGUGCCGUGAGAGCGGUUCCCGAAUGACAGUUGGGAGUGCAUCAUAGCGCCUUUAGCUAGAGCACCUCUGAUUCGUCCUUGAAGAUGAGAUCGGUCACUCACUGUAUAUUUUGCUUGCUGUAUUCAGUCGGCCACACCAGAACAUCGUGAAGUUUGAUCCGGACCUUGGCUAUUGAAUAUUGAGUCGAAAUUCUGCAAAUGAGCAAGUGGGUCGCCAAACUGAGAAGGGACUAAUGAUACUCAAAGUCAAGGGGCAACAGCGUUAAAUACUGUAUUCUGUUGGUACCCCUCAUCGAUAUAUGAGAGUUCGACCGUUCAUUUCGACAAUGUCCACCGUGUGCUCAACAGCAGAGGGAGAGCAGGGACGGUGACUUGUGCGUGAUUUUGUUUGUAGUGAUAGAAGACUUGUACGGCAUCUACCACACUCUCUCUUCAACCACCACCUGAGCCCGGUGUCAAGACAGAGUCAAGGGCACCAAAGAUGGGGGAGGCUGCAGGUUGAUGCCUUGGACGGAUCCGCACCUUGGCGCACCACUCCGAACACCCUGGUCCACACAACGAUGACCAGAAUUUUGGCCAACAACAACAGAGAUUGGAGGUUGGCGCGGCCGAAACCGCACCUAGGCGUGACGCCAACACCCGGCUCAGAUCCCACUCAGUGGGAGUACCAUAAAGACCACACUAAGAAGGAGCUAUUGAAGCCUGACUCUCAGACCACCAGCCGGUCACUCCACACCAGCACACACAACACUGGGCCGACUGCGAUGUCCAAGUUAUCCCGUCAGUUGGCAACCUUCCAAGCCACGGCUUUUAGUGCACUGUGAUAGUUUCGAGCGCGUCAGAUUGUUUAUAGUGAGAAAAAUACGCCGAACUGUCGACCUCACUCUCCCUUCUCAUUUCCACAUCUCAGCCCCUGUCCGAGCCGGUCAGCUGGCUGCAGGGGGAAUAGGUCCGGUGGCUGACAUGGUCGAGUGACCUUGUCUGCGCGCGCCACAUACAGGACCUGGACCCAUACAAACACACCAGGAUUUCACACAACGCGGGUUGAGCAGCGUAUCUCUCACCAGCGUGAGAGUGCCGUGGAAGGAGCUGUUUCCACCCGGCUCUCAGCCCACCACUCCACAUAAUCACACAACUGGACGGAUUUCGUGGACUGAUUUGGGGCGUCAACCAGCAGCCUUCCUAUCUACGACGCUUGACGCGUCGGGAUAGUCUUAGGCUCGAGUCACCCAUGCAACAGGAGCUGCAUGGAGAUCGAGUCGAGACGCACACUUCCGAAUUGCGCGGGAGAUGGUGGGUGGGUGCUUGCGGCAGGUGGUGUUGAUGUUUGGUGGGAUGGUGGUGAGGGAGGGUGUUGUGGUGUGGUGCAGCCGACGGUUGUCUACCGCAAGCUCUCGUGACUGAAUAGACCCCUGCGGCUCAUGAAUGUGCGAGGGCAAUGCGGAUAGUGAAGGUGAGUGCAGUGGGUGGAGGUUGGUACUCCGGUCACUGGUUCGUCAGUCUCUGUGAGUUGGAUUCGCAAGUGACCGACCAGGCCGAUGUGUGAGGUGAGGGUGCGGUCGCAGUGAGGACAGGUUUAGUCCUGAUCCUCACCACUGGUGUCGAUUGUGGCGGAGUUUGUGUUUGUUGGUGUGUUAGGUUUGUGUGUGUGGUGUUUAUGCGCGUUGCAGGCGCCACAACGGCAGUCGUUGGAGUAGAAAAGGAUGAUGAUGAUGAUGAUGAUGAUGAUGAUGAUGAUGAUGAUGAUGAUGAUGAUGAUGAUGAUGAUGAUGAUGAUGAUGAUGAUGAUGAUGAUGAUGAUGAUGAUGAUGAUGACGAUGGGAGUGGGGGUUCAGAAGAACAGUCAGAGUUACCUGGCAGCGGAAAGGACUAG